UGUAGCCUACCGCUUCCUCUUUAUAUCCUUGUACCAUUAGAGUUGUAAAUAUAUACAGAAAAUAUAUCAAAUACCAAUUUUACAGAUCGGAAGGCCAACUUGUGCAUAAUUUGUAGUUGGUCUGAUCUGAACCAGUAUCAAUUAAUGGAUGCCUCCUCUUCAUCCUCAUCAAAACGUUGUAAGUACCAAGUGUUCUUGAGCUUCAGAGGUGAAGACACACGCAAGGGCUUCACAGGCCACCUCCACGAAGCAUUAUCUGAUGCCGGAAUCCGCACCUUUCUUGACGACAACGAGCUAGAAAGAGCGGAAUUUAUAAAAACCCAACUGGAGCAGGCAAUCGACGGGUCCAUGAUCUCCAUAAUUGUCUUCUCCAAGAGGUAUGCCGAUUCCAGUUGGUGUCUUGACGAGCUGGUGAAGAUCAUGGAGUGUAGAGAAAGAUUGGGGCAACAGGUUAUUCCAUUGUUCUAUAAUGUUGAUGCUUCAGAUGUCCGGAAACAAACUGGUAGGUUUGCGCAGGCAUUUGAGAAACAUGAAGUGGGCAUCUGUGAAGGUAAACAUGAGAAAGAAAAGGUACAGCGGUGGAGAAAUGCUCUCAGUCAAGCAGCAGAUUUGUGUGGGGAAGAUCUUAAAAAUGCUGACAAUGGGCAUGAAGCGAAGUUUAUCAAGAAAAUUCUUGGGUAUAAGCAGUUGUACAGAAAAUACCAAUUAGACAUCGAACACCCUGUUGGAAUUACUUCUCGGCUGAACAAUGUUGUUCGCAUGAUUGAUAUUGAAAAUUCAGGUUCUAAGGAUGUUGUUCGCAUUAUUGGUAUUUUGGGGAUGGGCGGCAUUGGAAAAACAAUGCUUGCCAAAACCAUUUAUAACAAAGUUGAACGUAUCUUUGAAGGGAUCACUGUGAUACAAGAAAGACUUCGCUGUAAAAGAGCACUUGUCAUAAUUGACGAUGCAGAUGAUCUACACCAACUAGAAGCAAUAGCUGGAGCUCGUGAUUGGUUUGGUCCUGGAAGUAGAAUUGUUAUAGCAACAAGAAAUCAACAUUUGCUAGACCAAGUUGGAGUGGAUAGCACAUAUAUGGCUCAAGGAAUGGAUGAGGAAGAAGCUCUAGAGCUCUUUAGUAGGCAUGCCUUUGAAAGUGGUUGUCCUAAUCAAGAAUAUCUUGACCUCUCAAAACGUGUAAUUCAUUAUUGUCAAGGUUUGCCACUAGCACUAAAAGUUUUAGGGUCUUUUCUUUAUAAAAGAGACGAAUCACAGUGGGAAAGCCAAUUGGAGAGAUUGGAAAGAAGUCCUCAGGAAGCAAUUACAAAAAUACUGAGAAUAAGCUUUGACGGGCUACCUGACCGUACAGACAGAAAUACAUUCCUUGAUAUAUCUUGUUUCUUUAUUGGAAUGGACAAGGACUAUGUCACACAAAUAUUAGAUGGAUGUGGCUUUUGUGCAACGCUAGGAAUCCCUAUCCUCAUUGAACGGUGCCUUGUAACUGUUAGUGAGCAAAACAAGCUGAUGAUGCAUGAUUUGCUUCGAGACAUGGGAAGAGAGAUCGUUUGUGAAAAUGCCUGCGGUCACCCUGAAAAAUUUAGUAGAUUGAGAAAACGGGAAGACGUAACAGAUGUAUUGAGAGACAAAUCUGGAACUGACGAAAUUGAAGGAGUUACUCUAGAUAUGCGAUGGCCUAACAGGGAACUGGCUAGAUUCCGUGCACAAGCAUUUACCAACAUGAAAAAACUGAGGUUACUCCUCCUCAGCAGAGUAGAGCUCACUGGAGAGUACAAAGAUUUUCCGAAAAAGUUAAUAUGGUUGUGCUGGCAUUAUUUUCCUCAAGAGUCCAUACCAGAUGACUUUCCUGUGCAACCGAAACUAGUUGCUUUAGACCUGCAGCAUAGCAAACUCAAAAUAGUUUGGAAGGAUUGCAAGUUGCAUGAGAAUUUGAAAAUCCUUAAUCUCAGCCAUUCCCGUAGGCUAACAAAAUCACCAGACUUUUCAAAACUCCCAAAUCUCAAGGAAUUGAUAUUGGAAUACUGUGAGAGUUUGUCUGAGGUUCACUCAUCCAUUGGGGAUCUUGGAAGACUUUCUUUGGUAAAUCUUAAAGACUGCAGAAGGCUAAAGGAUCUCCCACUGAAUUUCUAUAAAUCCAAGUCUAUUGAAACUCUUCUACUUAUUCGUUGUUCACAUUUUGAAAAGUUGGCUGAUGGCUUAGGGGACAUGGUAUCAUUGACAACUCUGAAAGCGGAUUACACAGCCAUAAGACAAAUACCAUCUUCCAUAUUAAAAUUGAAGAAUUUGAAAAUUUUAUCUCUAUCUGGCUGCAGGUUAACUGAGGAUGCAAUCCCUAAGGAUCUAUGUAGCCUAAUUUCCUUAGAACAUCUGCUUCUUGGAGCCAAUAAUUUUUGUAGCCUGCCAAGCCUCGCUGGUCUUUCAAAGCUCAAGGUCUUGUGUUUAAAUGCAUGCAGAAAACUUCUUGCAGUCUCAGAUUUACCAACCAAUUUGUACAUUCUGAAAGCAAAUGACUGCCCAGAAUUGGAAACAAUUCCAGAUUUUUCAAAAAUGUCGAAUAUGAGAGAAUUGUAUCUACGUGAUUCUGUCAAACUCACUGAGGUUCCAGGCCUGUACAAGUCAUUAAACUUCAUGACAAGGAUUCAUAUGGAAAAGUGCACUAAUCUCACUGCCGAUUUUAGGAAGAACAUCCUACAGGGAUGGACUUCUUGCGGAUAUGGUGGCAUUUUUCUCAGUGGAAAUGAUAUUCCUGAUAUGUUCGACUCUGUCCAUGACGAUGAUAUUGUGAAUUUCACUGUGCCUCAAAGUGAUGGUCGUAAUUUGAAAGGGCUAACUUUGUUCUUCGGUUUCUCUUCCUCUUCAGAACGGUUCAGUCUUGGUUUUCGCAUUAGCAUUAAAAACAUGACCAAGGGUACUGAGCUUGAAGCCAGGAUCAUACCCGAUUGUCCAAUUGAGGGUUAUUAUCUUUGGCAGGGACAGUUAUCAAAUGACGAGCUCAAAUUGCAAGACGGUGAUAAAGUCUGGAUUGAAAUAAUAGUGGACAAAUGGGUGAAGGUGAAGAAAACAGGUGUUAGUCUGGUAUGGGACAAAUUUAUGAACGAAAAUAUGAUUGAUUACCAUCUUUGUGCGUAUGAACGACGCCCAUCUCAAAAUCUGGUCAAUGAUGAUAUCAUUCAUGUCGAAGAUGAUCAUGACAUGACAAAAUCACCAGACUUUUCAAAAUUCCCAAAACUCGAAAAGUUGAUAUUGAAAGGUUGUACGUGGUUGUAUAAGGUUCAUUCAUACAUCGGGGAACUUGGAAGACUUUCUUUGGUAAAUCUUGAAAGCUGCAACAAUCUAGAGGAUCUCCCACUGAAUUUCUAUAAAUCCAAGUCUAUUGAAACUCUUCUACUGAAUGGUUGUUCAAGAUUUCAAAACUUGGCCGAUGGCUUAGGGGACAUGGUAUCAUUGACAAUCUUGGAAGCAGAUAAGACAGCCAUCAGACAAAUUCCAUCUUCCAUAGUAAACUUGAAGAAGUUGAGAAUUUUAUCUCUAUCUGGCUGCUGGCGGUUAACUGAGGAUGCAAUCCCUAAGGAUCUAUGUAGCCUAAUUUCCUUAGAACAUCUGCUUCUUAUAGACAAUUACUUUCGUAGCCUACCAAGUCUCGCUGGUCUUUCAAAGCUCAAAGUCUUGUGUUUAAAUGCAUGUAGAGAACUUCGUGCAAUUCCAGAUUUACCAAAGAAUUUGUACGUUCUGAAAGCAAAUGGUUGCCCAGAAUUGGAAACAAUUCCAGAUUUUUCUGAAAUGUCGAAUAUGAGAGAAUUGUAUCUCUGUGAUUCAUUCAAACUCACUGAGGUUCCAGGCUUGGAUAAGUCAUUAAACUCCAUGACAAGGAUUCAUAUGGAAGGCUGCACCAAUCUGACUGCCGAUUUUAGGAACAACAUCCUACAGGGAUGGACUUCUUGCGGAUAUGGUGGCAUUUUUCUCAGUGGAUAUGAUAUUCCUGAUUGGUUCCACUGUGUCCAUGAAGAUAAUAUUGUGUAUUUCACCGUGCCUCAAAGUGUUGGUCGUAGUUUGAAAGGGUUAACUUUGUCCUUCGUUUGCUCUUCAGGCAUUUACGGUUAUCGUAUUAGCAUUAAAAACAUGACCAAGGGUACUGAGCUUGACGCCAGGAUCAAACCCGUUUCUCCAAAAAAAGGUUAUCAUCUUUGGCAGGGACAGUUAUCAAAUGACAAGCUCAAAUUGCAAGACGGUGAUAAAGUCUUGAUUGAAAUAAUAGAGGAGGGAAAAUAUAAUUGGUGGGGUACGAAGGUGAAGAAAGCAGGUGUUAGUCUGGUAUGGGACAAAUUUAUGAACGAAAAUAUGAUUGAUUACCAUCUUUGUGAGUAUGAACGACGCCAAUCUCAAAUUCUGGUCAAUGAUCAUGACAUCAUUCAUGUCAAAUAUGAUUAUAACAUAAAAAAAUCACCGGACUUUUCAAAUUUCCCAAAUCUCAAGAAGUUGAUAUUGAAAGAUUGUCCGUACUUGUCUGAGGUUCACUCAUCCAUUGGGGAUCUUGAUAGACUUUCUUUGGUAAAUCUUGAAGACUGCAGAAGGCUAGAGGAUCUCCCACUGAAUUUCUAUAAAUCCAAGUCUAUUAAAACCCUUCUACUUAAUCGUUGUUCAGGAUUUCGAAACUUGGCUGAUGGCUUGGGGGACAUGGUAUCAUUGACAAUUUUGGAAGCAGAUGACACUGCCAUCAGACAAAUUCCAUCUUCCAUAGUAAAAUUGAACAAGUUGAGAAUUUUAUCUCUAUCUGGCUGCAGGUUAACUGAGGAUGCAAUCCCUAAGGAUCUAUGUAGCCUAAUUUCCUUAGAACAUCUGCUUCUUGGAGGCAAUUACUUUCUUAGCCUACCAAGACUCGCUGGUCUUUCAAAGCUCAAGGUCUUGUGUGUAAAUGCAUGCGGAUUUCUUCGUGCAAUCCCAGAUUUACCAACCAAUUUGUAUGUUCUGAAAGCAAAUGACUGCCCAAAUUUGGAAACAAUUCCAGAUUUUUCAAAAAUGUUGAAUAUGAGAGAAUUGUAUCUAAGUGAUUCGUUCAAACUCAUUGAGGUUCCAGGCUUGGAUAAGUCAUUAAACUCCAUGACAAGGAUUCAUAUGGAAGGCUGCACCAAUCUAACUGCCGAUUUUAGGAACAACAUCCUACAGAGAUGGACUUCUUGCGGAUUUGGUGGAAUUUAUUUGAAUGGAAUUUAUGAUAUUCCUGAGUGGUUCAAAAUCGUCAGUGAUGUGGACAAUAUCGUCUUCUUUGAAGUUCCUCAAAGAAUCAUGGGUCGUGAUUUAAAAGGGUUGACUAUAUGCUUCGUUUACUCUUCAGACGAACUUGAAGAUUAUAACAGUGGUAUUGGCAUUAUCGUUAGAAAUCUUACCAAGCAAACUGCUUUGCACACCAAGAUAGCAUUUGCCUCCUUAAAAUCUUCCAGUGAACCUGAAGAACCUGAAGACGAUUAUCUUUGGCAGGGACAAUUGUCAAACGAUGUGAUCCGUUUGCAAGGCGGGGACCGAGUCUCCAUUCUUGUAAGGCCUGAUGAUGUUGAUUUUGUGAGAGUGAAGAAGACAGGGGUUCAUCUAGAAUGGGACAAAGUCAUGAAGGAAAAUAUGGAUCCUCAUUUGUAUGAUUUGGAAACAAAUCGGGAAUUUUCAGGGGGAGUUGAUGUCGCAUUUGUUCCCAAAUCAGACUAGUGUUAUACAUGAACAAUUAGCAGUGGAACCAUAUCUGGAUUUUUUUGUGGGAA